CUUCCUUCAAUCAGAUUCAGAUAUAACUAUACCGUACGAUCAUCACAGGAUCACAAGACGUUACAUUCAGUCUUAUCUAUAAACCCUAAUCCAGACUGCACUCUUCUGUCUUUCACUCAUUCAUUCAUCCAGAGCAAGAGACAUCUACAUUCAUUCACCAAGCUGUGUCGUUGCCAAUCUGAGACCUGCCUUAGACUACUAUACAUAAUAAUACCCAAGAGGUAAAGCAUUGCUUCAUCCUCACAUACAUCAUUGGUUCGUCAAAGGCACUACCAUAUGAAGAAAGUACCCGACUGACCGCAUGUUACUCUAGUUCACAAUGGACGCUACUUACACAAUGGCACCUACGGUGCAAGGACAACCAUCAUUUGCAUACUACCCCACUGCUGAUUCACAAAGACAACAAUUCACAAGCCACCCGUCUGAAGCCCAAUACUAUGGACAGAUUCAGGCCUAUCCUCAGCAACACUGUGUACCAGAGCAACCGGUCUACGCUCAACCUAUGAUGAACAUGCAUCAGAUGGCUACCACCAAUGCCUUCCGAGGAGCAAUGAACAUGACUCCCAUCGCAUCUCCCCAACCAUCUCACCUGAAGCCCACAAUUGUCGUCCAGCAGGGUUCCCCGGCCCUCAUGCCUUUGGACACAAGGUUCGUCAGCAGCGAUUACUAUAGCUUUCCUUCAACCCCUCCACUGUCUACUGCCGGAAGCUCGAUUAGCAGCCCACCAUCUAGCAGUGGUACACUGCACACUCCGAUCAACGAAUGCUUCUUCUCAUUUGAAAAGGUGGAGGGGGUGAAGGAAGGCUGUGAAGGUGACGUUCAUGCCGAGCUUUUGGCCAAUGCCGACUGGACUCGGGCUGCUUCUCCUCCCAUGACUCCUGUGUUCAUCCAGCCCCAUUCCCUCACCGCUAGUCAGAGCUCAGACUUCCUGUCUGCGAACAGCUCUUGCCCCUCCCUUUCCCCCUCCCCCUCCCCCGUUUCUUCCCUGUUUGCGCACUCUCAGUCGGCUUUCCCUGUUGAGCAGGCCAGCUCCGACUUCUGUGACCCUCGGCAGUUGACUGUUGAGUCUUCUAUUAACACAUCGGCUCCCGCUGAGCUGCCACCUUUGCCUACCCUCUCCUGCGAGGAAGAGGAGCCCAAGGUGGUCCUCGGAAGUGAGGCUGUGACUCUACCGGUGCAUGAGAACCCAUCGCCUACUUACACCAGCUCCACCGAGGACCCUCUCGGCUCAUUGCCCACAUUUGACAGCUUUUCGGACCUGGAUUCGGAAGACGAGUUUGUCAACCACCUCGUGGACUUCCACCCCAGUGGUAACACCUACUAUCUGGGUGAAAAGAGACAGCGCGUCAGCACAUACUCUCUUGAGGACGAUGAGUUCCUGAGCGAACAUAGCUUGGAAGAUUCCGAAGAUCUGGAUCUUGCUCAGUCUGGUCUUCCUUUUCUGUCAUGCACCGAAUUUGCCCCCGUCCAGAGUGAUGCUGGUGAGACCUCGGACGAGAUGAAGACCAAGAAGCGGAGCAACCCUCGCAAGUCGCUCAAGAGAUCCAACUCUGAGACCGACCAGGAUACUCUCAAGAAGGCACAGGUGCCGGUCAACAGCCGGACCAACUCCACAGACGCCAACUCGGCAGCUCAGCCAGCCGCUGCUCAGUCCCGUAGCGUCUCGGAAGCCAAUGCGUCUAGCUCCUCCGAGGGCCCACAUGUUCCUGUGUCAGUGAACCGUCGGGGUCGCAAGCAAUCUCUGACGGAAGAUCCUUCCAAGACCUUCGUCUGCUCUCUCUGUUCUCGUCGCUUCCGUCGUCAGGAGCACCUCAAGCGCCACUACCGGUCUCUCCACACUCAAGACAAGCCAUUCGAGUGCAAUGAGUGUGGUAAGAAGUUCUCUCGCAGUGACAACCUUGCUCAACACGCCAGGACCCAUGCGGGUGGCUCCAUUGUUAUGGGAGUCUUGGAUACGUCCCAACAUGCCGCGUACGAGGAUCGUGAUGUGAGUACCAUGGGCGCUGUCCUCUAUGAAGCUGCCAACGCUGCGGCGACCAAGUCGACGACCAGUGAAUCGGAGGACAGUAUUUCUGACAUGCCGUCUGUCGACCGUCGAUCUGCCAAGAAGCGCAAGCGUGAGGAACAUGCUUAAUCGUCUCCAUUGCCGUUUGCAACUUCACGACGCGAUGUGACCAGGAGCUCCCCUCUUUACAACAUAAUACACUAUCAUAAUUACCUCCACCAUUGCACUGGUUGGUCUGAAUUUUUGCGGUUUUGGCGUCUGGGCAUUUACAUUGGCGGUGUCAGGUGGGAGGCAACGGUGCCUGGCAAAAGAAAUUCUUUUCGUUUCUCAUACAGAGGAAAAGAGAAACAUAAUACAGGAAACGGUCUUCAAAAGGAAGACUUACCGGGGGUAUUAGACCGGUUGCAUGGGCUGCAACGGAAUUCGGCGCACU